AUGAGAAAUCCCAUGGAAAAUUCAUCUAAUAUCAAAGUCUUCACUCUUUCUGAAUUGAAUGAAACACCAACAAAUCGCCUUAUAUAUUUCUCUCUGACUUUUCUAGUAUACAUUUUAAUUUUAUUUGUGAAUUUGACACUGAUUUUCACCAUUUUAUUAGAGAAAUCCCUCCAUGAGCCAAUGUAUUUAUUCCUGUGUAAUCUGUGUAUUAAUGGACUGUAUGGAACAGCAGGUUUCUACCCCAAAUUCCUAUCAGACUUGCUUUUUGAUUCCUAUGUGAUAUCAUACCAUGCAUGCUACAUCCAGAUAUUUGUGAUAUACUCAUCAGCAAAGUGUGAUUUUUCAACGCUAACGGCAAUGGCUUAUGAUCGAUAUGUGGCCAUAUGUAAACCACUACUGUAUCAUUCUGUCAUGACGGAUCAGAUGGUAUUUAAAUUGAUAGCAUUUUCCUGGAUUUUUCCUUACUUCACAAUGUCCUUGACCAUUGCAUUAUCAAGCAGAUUGCCAUUAUGCGGGUCCCAUAUUGAUAAACUUUACUGUGAAAAUUGGUCAAUAGUCAAACUUUCUUGUGAGGCAACAAUUGUAAAUAAUGUCAGUGGAUUUAUUAUCAUAUGUAUAUUUGUGGGCUUUGCAUUUUUCAUUAUUCUUUCAUAUAUUAAACUAAUCAUGGUGUGCACAAAAAGUAGAGAAGACAGGGCCAAAUUUAUGCAGACAUGUUUACCUCAUUUAUUUGCAUUAAUAAAUUUCACAGUCACUUUAGUUUUUGAUGCAAUGUAUAGUCGUUAUGGGUCCAGGAAUAUUCCUCAGGGCCUGCGCAAUUUUCUAGCAUUGCAAUUUCUCAUCAUCCCUCCCAUUUUCAAUCCUAUUAUUUAUGGACUAAAACUGACAGAGGUUCGCAAAAGACUCCUAACAAUACCAAAACGGUAA